AUGUCCUUCCAGCCGCCACUCGGGCCUGCCCGGGACACCGACGACCACCCGGGCCCCGUAGCUCCGGGCACCGAGGCUAGCCACUUGACCAUUGACCUGUCCUCCCGGGACCUGGCCUUCAUUCGGUCCACCAGCCGGCCGACCAUCAGCCUCACCUCGCCUCUGGACUACCCGCCCCAGCUGUGGCAAGAGGCCUCGCAAGCGCCCUCGCUGGCACAGGGCAGACAGCUCCCGGGGAGACAGCUCGCGCACUCGGCCCGGGCCGAUCUCAACGCCCAGCUCGCACUGCAGCAGGCCUUGCACCAGGAGUCCCUCUUCCAUCGGUCGGACUGGGAAGUCGACGCAGCUGUCUCAUCGACCGCCAUCGUGCCCAGCAUGGCCGGCCGGCCGGAAUCCGCCGGGCGCUUCCAAGCCCUCAGCGAUGCUGUCCAGAGCAUGGCCCACGAGGUGGCCCUGUCCCCGCCGCCGCGCACCCUCAAUGGCAAGGCACGCGCCAGUCGAGGCGGCUCGACGUCACGGGGACUGCCUGGUCCUCCCCUGGCAGUCGACGAUUCCGACACCUUCAACCAGUAUACCUCGCGCGAGAUGCGCCAACUGGGCAAUCCCUUUUUCGAGCGUGGCAGCAGUGCCGACGAUGGCGGGGCACUGAGUGCCCCGCGCCCCGCCGGCGGGUCGCCCACACCGCUGGCCCUGGCCCCCUCGCCGGAGGACGUGCCCCGCCCGCGCCCGGGCGGUGGCGGCCUCCCCCCGACGGUGUCCACGCUGGCCGAAGAUGACCCGAUGGAGGGGUCGGCCUCGUCGCUGGCCCUGGCCCAGCCGGCCGGCCGGCAGCCCCCCGGGACACACCGGUCGCCCGGAUCGACGCUCUACCCGCGCGAUGCACGCGGCCGAGGCGCCACCUUCAACCUGGCGGCCCCUCCGGGGGACCACCUGUCCGACCAUGCCAUCGACCAGUCGGCCUUCUAUGAGAACCCGAAUCCCGACCUCUGGCAGCCGCGCUGUGGCCCUUCGCCGACCACCGCCUAUGAUGACGCCAAAUCCGAUGCCGGCAGCGAGGGGCCCGACCAAAAGGUCCCCCCCUCGCGGGCAGGCGGCAGGCCCGGGCCCCGGCGGUCGUCCCGCAGCGGCGGCGCCCCCGGCGAAGCCCCCGACCCCUUCCCCUCCCUCGGAGAACAGCGGCAAAGGUGCCUCACCACCCCGGGCGGCCGGUUCCAACGCUACGACGGCUUCUACGAAGACCACAACCCGAAUGUCCUGCCGCCGGAGUACUUUGAGCAGGUAUCCCCAGGUCGCUCGCAGCCGGGCUACCCUGUGCCGGAGGGCGAGGCCGGGCCCCUGGGGCUGGGCGGCGACCCGGCCGGCCGGGGCCUCGGAGUGCCGCGCACGCUGGCCGACUUGCAGGUGGAGCUUUUUGGAUCGGCAGGCGGCGGGGCCCCGCCGCCCCUCCCCGCCGCCGAAGCCCUGAGGAACGGCAGCGCCGGAGUGUGGAUGCUCAUGCCGGCGAUGUGGCUCUUCUGGGCGCUCGACGAUUUGGUCUGGACCCGGGCCAUGAAUUUGCGCUGCCUUUGGACCGAGGAGGCCAGGAGGCCAGACGUAUAG